GACUGCCCCAAUGGAUUUUUGUUUUUUGCCUAUUUCAGUAAAAUGCAGAACGAAAAACCUAAGGAUGACAUGUCAUCAUGUCACGGAGGGUGUGUGUAAGAGGUGGGGGUUUUUUUUGUUGAAGGGUUUUUUUUUUUUUAUUAGUUUUUUGAACCAAUAAAAGACAUGAUGGAAGAGGAUCGAGGCAUGUUUCCAUGGUAACAGCUGGCGACAUGCUGCAGCAUCAAGUAAAAAUAGCACAACCCUCUUGUUGCUCUAAAAAUCACAACACAAUGUCUGGACUACAAUAUCCUCUGCGAAUUGAGCUAUUUCCAAAUAUGGCCGUCAUAUCUACUUGACUAGCACAGAUAUAUAACACACCAACAAACUCUGCAGAUCAGUCCACAGAAUCUCCUUCCUUCCCAGUAAGUGCAAUUUGGGCAAUCAUACGUUUCAACAAAGCCCAGCUCAGGUAAUUGGAAAACAUUUUGACAAUGGAGAAGUGAAACGUCAGUGAUAUCACAUCGGUGAAACGCGACGUUUAGCGCGUUUGUUGUUUCUUGAGCGGUAGCAACGUGGCGUGUGUGACGUUUGUCUGUCUCCAUGCGCGUUGGUAAAAGCCCGAAUAAGCAAACUUGUCAGCGGAACGUUUCAAGAAAGUAUAGAACAGCAUAUUUCUUUGUAUUGUGGGGCAACUUGAAAAUAAAAGCCGCAGCCACCUGGCUUUAUGGGUGUAAGGUAACAGGUUGGAAGAUGUUAAGCGUGGUUGAUAUUCGUGUUUCCUAAUGUGCCUGAAUGCAGCACCGGCGUUGGUUUCUAGGGCAACGCCGGACAUCGGAAACGAAAGAUGGUUCACAUCACAGAAGAUCUGAUCCGGCGCCGCGCCGAGCACAACGAGUGUGAGAUCUUCUCCCUGGAGGAGGUCUCCCUACACCAGCAGGACAUCGAGAGGAUCGAGCACAUCGAGCGCUGGUGCAGGGAUCUGAAGAUCCUUUACCUGCAGAACAACCUCAUACCACAAAUCGAGAACGUGGGCCGCCUAAAGAAGCUGGAAUACUUGAACCUCGCCUUGAACAACAUAGAAGUCAUUGAAAACCUGCAAGGCUGCGAGAAUCUGCAAAAGUUGGACCUGACGGUCAACUUUGUGGGGCGUCUGAGCAGCGUGGAGAGCCUGAAAGAAAACGUGCACCUACGUCAGCUCUUUCUGGUGGGCAACCCCUGCACGCUCUUUGAAGGCUACCGCAAGUACGUGGUCGCCACCCUGCCCCAGCUCAAGUGUCUGGACGGCACAGAGGUGACGCGCUCGGAGCGUAUCGUGGCCAAUCAGGGCCUGGAGGAGCUGAGGCGGCGCAUCCUGGAGCAGGAGGACCAAUACCUGAGGAAGAAGGCCCAAGAGGAGGAGGCCAACGCCAAGCAGGCCGAGGAACCGCCAAAUGGUGCUCCUGAGCCACAGAACGAGUCAGACGAAGAGCGACUCGAGAAGGAAUUCUGGCACACGCCGUGCGCCUUCACUCCGGAAUCCCGCUUGGAGGCUCAUCGCCGCCUGGAAGCCAAGCGGACGGCCAGGGACAAAGGCAACGAGAAGAAAGUCAAGCUCCCGAGGACUCUGAUAACUGCUGAUGGACGAGUUCUAAAUGUCAAUGAGCCCAAGCUGGACUUCUCUCUGACGGAAGACGAUGACAACAAGAGGAUUGUUUUGGACCUGGCGGUCUACAGGCACAUGGACACCUCCCUGAUGGACGUGGACGUGCAACCAACGUACGUCAAAGUCACCGUCAAAGGAAAAAUAUUUCAGCUGGUUCUGCCGGCCGAGGUCAAGCCCGACAGCUCGACGGUCCGGCGCUCGCAGACCACAGGACACUUGCUGCUCCACAUGCCCAGGGCUCAAGGUGAACUGGAGGUGACAAAAAGCGCCGCUCGGCCGUCCAAAGACGACCGCCGCCCCCAUCGCGGUUCGGCCGACAGUAAACAAAGGGGGCGUGGCGUUGCCGAGUGGCUGGAAGUGGACGCUGGCGGAAGGGUGGACAUCGCCAACAUCGUGGUGGCACACCGGCGCGCCACCGAAGGGCCGUUAGACGCCUCUGGCCGGGGUCCUGACGUUGACGAGGAACCCUCGGAGGCAUUUGUGGACGACCUCGACGUCCCGCCGCUCAUUUAAGGCCAGAACAGAGAAGGCCCGAGAUCAACAAGUUGAGACGUCGGGAAGCUCAACUCAUGAAGAAGGGAAAAAUAAAACAAAUGUAUGACUCUGGCUCGCUUGGCUUUGUGCUUGAGAGCGGGCGUCCUCGAUGACAUCUCGAGAUCUGGUCAAUCAAAGCCGUCGUUUGCUCGGAUCGCCUUAAUGUCGGUCAACAACGUGGAAUGAAAAUGUGCAUCUCAUCCUCUGC